AUGUGGGAAUGGUCAAGGAGAAUGAUCUGUAGACCAUUCUCUUCACAUUUUCUUCUUUUUGUUCAACUCCUAUUAUUUUCUCCUUUUGUCUCCCCUUCGUGUCUUUUGGAGAAUGGCCGAUCAUCCGUUUAUCUCUCCGUUUUUGAGGAUCUUCGACCAGGAGAGGUCGUCGGGAAAAUUCCAUUAGAAAACUUCAAGCCAAAUGGUGGAAUUGAACUGAAAGUUGUGAAGGGAUUCGAUUUUGUCGAUAUUGAGCCAGGAAGCAAUUUGAUGAAGCUGACAAAUCCGCUCGAUCGAGAUGAGGGCAACUCAAAAAUCGAAGCAGUUGUCGAGUGCAAAUCCACCGUUGAUCCUGUAUCGGAUUUCAAUCAGUUAAAUAUCACUGUUUUCAUCACGGUGAAAGACGUGAAUGACAACUCGCCUCAAUUUGAACAAAGCGAAUACCACGUGAACAUUAGUGAAGAAUUGCCAAUUGGCACAAUUGUCUUUACCGGAAUCUCUGCAACAGACAAAGAUCAACCUGGACCAAAUUCUUUCCUUCAAUAUUCCAUUCUUCCUUCUGAAUUUUCUAAUCUUUUAGAUAUAGAAGAUCCAUUUAAACCAGUGAUUACUGUAAAGAAUCGGAUCGAUUACGAGAAAGUAAAGAAAUUCACUGUACAAAUCGAGGCUCGAGAUCAAGGAGAGCCAAAUCGGGCAUCUGUUGUGCCACUUCAUGUCAUGGUUGAGGAUCAAAACGAUUUGAAUCCUCACUUCGAGCGUGACUACUAUUUGGCGAAACGCAUCAAGGAUGGUCUUCUCGUCGUUGAACCAUUUCCAAUCAAAGCCGUUGAUGGAGAUGCCCUAAAUGCGAAUAUUGUUUACAGCUUGAAUGGAGAGUUGAGCUCUCACUUUGCCAUUGAUCAAAAUGGUCAAAUCCGAGUCCGAAGCAAUCCACCACCGCCAUUCGCCGUCUUUUUCGUUCAUGCUCACGAGGAGAAAAAUCGAGAUCGCAACGCCACGGCGAUCCUUAAAGUGCAAUUGGGAGCGAAUAUUCAUUUUGAGAACGAUCUCUAUAAUUUAAAGCUCUCUAGCAACACCCCACAAGGAACUAUUUUGACUCGAAUCAAGGCUUAUACAGAAUCGAAUAACCAAAUCAAAUAUCGCCUUCAAAGCCCAGAAGUGACAAUGCUGAGGGUGGAUCCCCAUUCAGGAAAUGUUAUUAUGGGAAAAAUACCUAUUCAAUUGAAAGUCUUCUAUGAAUUCAAUAUCACAGCAACUGACGGAAAUGAGGAAGCUCUCGCUCGAAUCCAUGUCUUUCUCGAUGCAGUAACUGAUUGUUCUGAGGGACCGAGAUUUGAACGAGUUGAGAGUACGGCCGAUUCCCCGGAAGGUCUCGCCUUGAUUGGACCGCUGAAGACAAAUACCGAGCAUGUCUCCUAUGAGUUGCUGAAUAUGAAAAAAGAUUUCCAUAUAUCUGGAGAUGGAGUGGUGAGUAUGAGACAAGGAGCUUCUCCACAAUGUGUUGUCUGUGAAUUGGUUGUCUUGGCAAAAGAUCAACAAGGGAGAAUUGGGCAUACAAAGGUGAUCCUCCGCAAUCCCGGCUUGGUCAUGUCAGCCUCAUCAGCUCUUACUUUUCUUGUCUUGACCAUUUUUGCUCUAAUCAUGAUUAUGAUGAUCGUUUUUGUUUGUAAGAAAGUCUCUUAUGUAUGGAGACAAAAUAAACGUCAACGAAUGUGUUGGUUGAAUCGAUCAACCGAUAGUGGAGUGAUCAUUACGGGAACGAUGCCAUCAAGUACAACGAGAUAUGUCGUCAAUCCCGAGAAGGGAAUUGACAAUCGAAUCUCCGAUAUUGGCGGCCAAAUCACACAAACCAAAUCCCCGGCUCCAGUUCGAACCUCGGGCGCUCAUCUUGUGCCUGUGACUGUCUCGAAUCGAGAUGGAGCACCCACUGUGUAUUUC